AGGGCUCCUCGGGGACCGCGCCGCCGCCCCGGUGAGUCGGCCCCACGGCCCGCGGGGCUCGCUGCCGCCCCCGCCGGCGCCCAGAGUGCGGCCCGGGCCCGGCUCCCUCACGGCUCCCCCGCCGGCGGCGGCGCCCACCGCCCGGGCCCCGAUGAGUAACUCCCGCAACAACCGGGUGAUGGUGGAGGGGGUCGGCGCCCGCGUCGUGCGCGGCCCAGACUGGAAGUGGGGCAAGCAGGACGGCGGCGAGGGCCAUGUGGGCACCGUGCGGAGCUUCGAGAGCCCGGAGGAGGUCGUGGUGGUGUGGGACAACGGCACGGCCGCCAACUACCGCUGCUCCGGGGCCUACGACCUGCGCAUCCUAGACAGCGCGCCCACCGGCAUCAAGCAUGAUGGAACUAUGUGUGACACUUGCCGCCAGCAACCAAUCAUUGGCAUCCGAUGGAAAUGUGCAGAGUGCACAAAUUAUGAUUUGUGUACUGUUUGUUAUCAUGGAGACAAACAUCACUUAAGGCAUCGCUUUUACAGGAUUACCACACCAGGAAGUGAACGGGUUCUGUUAGAGUCUCGUAGGAAGUCUAAGAAGAUUACAGCCAGAGGCAUCUUUGCGGGUGCCAGAGUGGUGCGCGGAGUGGACUGGCAGUGGGAAGAUCAAGACGGGGGCAAUGGGCGGAGAGGAAAGGUAACGGAAAUCCAAGACUGGAGUGCGUCAAGCCCGCACAGCGCAGCGUACGUUCUCUGGGAUAAUGGUGCUAAGAACCUGUACAGAGUUGGCUUCGAGGGCAUGUCUGAUCUGAAGUGUGUCCAGGAUGCCAAAGGAGGUUCUUUCUACAGAGAUCAUUGCCCUGUGCUAGGUGAGCAGAAUGGCAACAGGAAUCCUGGUGGAUUGCAGAUUGGUGACCUGGUAAAUAUAGACCUUGACCUGGAAAUUGUACAGUCUUUGCAGCAUGGCCACGGAGGGUGGACUGAUGGGAUGUUUGAGACUUUAACUACAACUGGAACUGUCUGUGGCAUCGAUGAAGAUCAUGACAUUGUAGUGCAGUAUCCAAGUGGCAAUAGGUGGACCUUCAAUCCUGCUGUUCUCACGAAGGCAAACAUUGUCCGAAGUGGGGAUGCUGCCCAGGGUGCAGAAGGAGGCACCUCACAGUUUCAAGUGGGUGAUCUUGUGCAAGUUUGUUAUGACCUGGAAAGAAUUAAACUUCUCCAAAGAGGACACGGUGAAUGGGCUGAAGCGAUGCUUCCAACUUUAGGUAAAGUUGGCAGAGUACAACAGAUUUAUUCAGACAGUGAUUUAAAGGUGGAAGUUUGUGGCACAUCUUGGACGUAUAAUCCUGCAGCAGUUUCCAAAGUGGCAUCUGCAGGAUCAGCCAUUAGCAAUGCAUCUGGUGAAAGACUCUCACAGCUUCUGAAGAAAUUAUUUGAAACCCAAGAAUCUGGUGACCUCAAUGAAGAGCUGGUUAAGGCUGCUGCCAAUGGGGACGUGGCUAAAGUGGAAGAUUUGCUGAAAAGACCAGAUGUGGAUGUAAAUGGACAGUGUGCUGGCCACACAGCUAUGCAAGCUGCUAGUCAAAAUGGACAUGUUGAUAUUUUGAAGUUACUUUUGAAGCAAAAUGUAGAUGUAGAGGCAGAGGAUAAAGAUGGAGAUCGAGCCGUUCACCAUGCAGCCUUUGGAGAUGAGGGUGCUGUUAUUGAAGUCCUACACCGAGGCAGUGCUGACCUGAAUGCUCGUAAUAAGCGUAGGCAGACGCCUCUGCAUAUCGCUGUCAAUAAAGGCCAUCUUCAGGUUGUAAAGACGCUGCUGGACUUUGGCUGUCAUCCCAGUCUCCAGGAUUCUGAAGGUGACACCCCUCUGCAUGAUGCCAUAAGUAAGAAGCGCGAUGACAUCCUGGCAGUUCUUUUGGAAGCUGGAGCAGAUGUGACCAUCACGAACAACAAUGGGUUCAAUGCCCUGCAUCAUGCUGCGCUUAGAGGAAAUCCCAGUGCAAUGCGUGUUUUACUCUCAAAAUUACCAAGGCCAUGGAUUGUGGAUGAGAAGAAAGAUGAUGGUUAUACUGCCCUGCACCUGGCUGCCCUGAAUAACCAUGUAGAAGUGGCUGAACUGUUGGUACAUCAGGGAAAUGCAAACCUGGAUAUCCAGAAUGUGAACCAGCAAACGGCCCUACACCUUGCUGUUGAACGGCAGCACACCCAGAUUGUUAGGCUUUUGGUCCGUGCAGGUGCCAAGCUAGACAUUCAGGAUAAGGAUGGGGAUACUCCUUUGCAUGAGGCUUUGAGGCAUCACACUUUGUCUCAGCUUCGGCAGCUACAAGACAUGCAAGACGUGGGGAAGGUAGAUGCUGCCUGGGAACCAUCAAAAAACACACUAAUAAUGGGACUUGGUACCCAGGGAGCAGAAAAGAAGAGUGCAGCAUCUAUUGCCUGUUUCUUGGCAGCCAAUGGUGCCGACCUCAGCAUCCGAAAUAAGAAGGGUCAGUCACCACUGGAUCUCUGUCCUGACCCAAGUCUCUGCAAAGCUCUGGCAAAAUGUCACAAGGAAAAAGUCAGUGGCCAAGUGGGUUCUCGGAGUCCUUCUAUGAUUAGCAAUGAUUCUGAAACCUUAGAGGAAUGUAUGGUAUGCUCAGACAUGAAGAGGGAUACGCUUUUUGGUCCAUGUGGACACAUUGCGACCUGUUCUUUGUGUUCCCCGCGUGUCAAGAAAUGCCUCAUCUGUAAAGAACAGGUUCAGUCCAGGACAAAGAUUGAAGAAUGUGUGGUGUGCUCUGACAAGAAAGCGGCUGUUCUUUUCCAGCCUUGUGGACACAUGUGCGCUUGUGAGAACUGUGCCAGCCUGAUGAAGAAGUGUGUGCAGUGCCGGGCAGUCGUUGAACGCAGGGUGCCUUUCAUCACAUGCUGCGGUGGGAAGGGUUCAGAAGACCCCUCUGAUGAUAUCUCAAGUGGGAAUAUUCCAGUGCUGCAGAAGGACAAAGACAACACCAAUGUCAACGCAGAUGUACAGAAGCUGCAGCAGCAGCUGCAGGACAUUAAGGAGCAGACUAUGUGCCCUGUGUGUUUGGAUCGUCUGAAGAACAUGAUUUUCCUCUGUGGCCAUGGAACAUGCCAGCUCUGUGGAGACAGAAUGAGUGAAUGCCCGAUUUGUCGCAAGGCAAUUGAACGGAGGAUUCUUUUGUACUGAUUAAGAAACACAGAGUGUGUUGUUAGCUAAAGUAUGUGAUCAUGAGAUCUUAGUGGGUUCUGAAGCUAGUUGGAAGUUUAAUCUAAUGGAUUAAUUUGUAAUUUCAUAAUUUUUUAUUAGAAUAUAAUUAGACUUAUAUAUGUACCACUAUCACAACGAAAACAUCAUACAGUGUUUGAAAUUGCUGAUUUGUGUGUGUGUCUGUGUUUUCCUCUUAAAAUUUGGAACAUCCAAUCUGUGUUAAUAGGAAAUUUGCUUUUGGCUUCAAAGGGGAAAUCCUUUAAGGGCGUCCUUUCGCAUUUGUUUCUAUUGUAUUUUUCUUUUUAAAUUUAUACAUAUGUUAGACCUUAAAAGUGACUUAAAAGAUUGAUAUUCCUUCAUGAUUAUCAUGAUUUCACACAGUGAAAUGACACAGUUAUUCCAAAAGUCCUAUGUAAGGUGAGUGGACAAGUAAAACUAUAUCACAUGUGUUAAAUGAUAAAAGUAUAGAAGAUGCCACAUGGCUGAGGCAGUACUGAAAGGAAGAUUAUAUUUCAAGAUCGUUAGAAAUUAUCCAAAUGGUUGUUUCAGAAUUAAGUAGAUGGGAGCAUGUGCUAAGAGAAUGACUUUACCUUGUUUUCUAGACUUGAGGAAAAUUGAUUAGCUUAAAUAAAUGACAAGUUUCAGAAUCAGCAGUGGACAUGAAAGGGAAAAGCAAAAUUGUAAUGAGAAUUGAAGGGUAGCACAGAACGAUCCUAGCACGCCUCCUGCCUGACCAGUACUGCUCUUCCUGUGUUAGCUUGUCGCUGUUUGGAGCAGCCAUUUGCAGAAAAAGAUCUGUGAAAAGUAAUGUUCAUUUUCCCUGAGACGACUUAGCUGGGCUUGAUCUGAUGAGUGCACACACCAUCAUGUUUGUGCCUCUGAGGUCUGCUCUGCAGGGUGAUGCAUUAUUAGAGACAGCAAACUUCUGUGUCUGUUCUGUCUGAAAGUGUUAGAGAGUUCAUCAAAAGCCUUACUUCCCCUCUCUCACAUAGCCGUUUUUGCUAUAAAAGUAUUCUUUAAACUGCCAACCAUAACUAAGAUAUAGUGAAUAGCUUAAUAUCAGAUACUUAGAAAGGGUGCAGAGGCACUUAUGGGAAAGCAUGUGGUUACAUGUAGAUUUGGGAGGGGGCUAAAAGCAUUUAUCGCCUUUAAAUGAGUAAUCUCUGUAUCUGUUGUAAAUGUACAUGUAGUGUUGUGAGAUUCCUCAUUGCUAGAUUAUAAGAAACAUCAGCUGUUUACAACUGUCUACUCUAUGCUGUGUAUAAGUAUAUACUCUUAGUGUUCUUUGGAGAUAGUUUUUCCCCAUAUUUGAAUCUAGCUAGCUUAUUUCUGUUUUUCUGCUGUAGCAACUAACUGUGGGAGAGUGGAGUGUCCAGCCUGAGUGCGCUUUGUUGCUGGUGGUUCAGGCCUCCUGGGACGAUGUCCUGGUUGUGUUGCAGACUCAGCAAUUCAGUGUCUGUUUAGCUGAGUAACUGCUGUAUUUCUCUCUUUUGUUUUUGAGAUAGUGUCUCACUAUGUAUUCUUGGCCUGGAAUUUACUGUGUAGCUCAGGCUGGCCUCAACCUCAUGAUCUUUCUGCCUCUGCCUUCCAAUUGUGGGAUUAUAAGAUGAGGACUCCUCCCCCAUGUUCAACAACUAUCAGUCAUUUUGGACAGUACAGUUUUUUGUUAGUUUCAGAUUAGGAAUGUUACGUUGAGGCUCUAUUUAGUUAUAUAGUUGGGAACCAAUGAGGCCAUUUUCUAAGUAUAAUUUGAAGUUAAAAGAAAAGAUACUCUGAUGAUACAAUGUUUACAUAAAGAGACAGAUUAUCUUCUUGCAGACUUGGUAAUAGCAAAAGUGAGGCUCUUUUCCUCCUUGCCGUAGGCUGUCCUUUGGGCAAUGAAGGAUGGCUGCUGCUCACAGUUUGCCAGCCCAAGAACCUGUGGGCCACAGCUGCAUGUCCCUGAAGUCCUUUUCUCCGCCUCUUGAGCUGCGGUGGUAAAGCUUGCAUCUGUAAGGGGGCAGGCCUUCCAGCCCACUCCUAUCUCUGUCUCCUUGUUAGAGCACAUAACUUCUGUGAGAGAAGCCGUGAAGUCUCUAGUCCUGGGACCUGGGGCUUUCUCUCUGUCACUUGGCUGUUUAUUCAUGAACAGAAGAUGUUCUAAGUCAUGUCUUCAGGCACCUAAAGUUAUUGUAAAUUUGCUUAGGUUUGCAGGAGACAGCAAGACCAAGAACUGAAUCAUGCCAGUGACUUUCUUCCUCACUCUCUGAAACUGCUACCUCUUAGCCUCUUCACAGUACUUGGCCCAGUGGGUAGCUCUCCUCCUUGUUACCCAAGCCUCUCUUCCCUGUGCCUCAGAACAACUCUUAACUUCCCUUAGGAUUAUUCUCACAAUGACAUGCAUUUUCUUUUUUAAGCAUUGGGCUUCGGGGGCUUGAUAGGAAAAAAAAAAAAAAGACCAUGUCCUAGCACACUCAGAGUUCACACUGCAAUUGUGUUGUGUCAUUUCUGGACAAAAAAAAAAAAAAAAAAAAAAACCGCUAGGGUCUUGAGGCACUUUUAGCAUCCUGAUGCCUUUCGGGAGAGCUUUUGGGAAGCAGUAUUUGGAGUCCUUUUCUGUACCCUCACCCCACCACACCACCUUUUCUUCCUCUAGAUACAUACAACUUACCAGAUGGUGCUAGCACAGCUGCGCUUGUUCACAGAGUUUGACACUCAACGUCCAUGCUGUGCACACAUUAAUUUUGUUGGGAACAAGGUUUUCAAGAGAGAUAGUUUUAUAUUAGUGUAAGAACAUUAUACUAGGCAAGUGUUUAGUUCAGUUGCCCAAAUUAUGCUUAAGGUAUUUGUAAUUUAAUAAUGACAAAUUAACCAGAAGUCUACUGAAACAUAAAAUUAACUGGAAAUAACUUCUUAAAUUUAUAUUUUUGAUGAUUUUAGCCUGAAAGAACAUUUUAUUUUAGAAUGUUGAAAUGCAUGCUGCUUAAGAUGUGUCUAAUUCAAAAUUGAAACCUUACUGGGUCACUUUUGUACAUGGGAACAUCUUGGGUAGUCAUACGUUGCCUGAUGGGUGUUCUUAUUUUCAAUUCUGGACACUUUUGAACUAGGAAUAGUUAAACUUGUGAGCUAGGACAGUGCUGGAUGGAGCAGAGCUGGUUUGGGACAUUAGGGUUGCAGCAUAUGGGAAACAGAAACAGUUAAGCACAGAGAAAAGGAGCAUCAUGUAGGAUUUGCUACAGCCUUAGUAGAGAGGGCGUAUUUAAUUAAAAAUAAAAAGUGUCUAUUAGGUCAGUUUUUCAUAUGUCUUGAAAAUUGUUUUGUAAAUUGCAGAUUUUAAUACAGCUUACUUUUUUUAAGAUCAAAAAUUUCAAAGUGUCUGAAAUAUAGUAAUGAACUGACUUACAGGAUGCAUUUUUUGGAAGUUUUUUAGAUUGCAGUAAGAACCACAUAUCAUACGGUUUGUUACCCUGACUGCUUCUGAAUGUGCAUUCAGCAGUGUCACUCCACUCACUGUGUUAGGAAACAGGUGCGGAACUUUAUCCUGCACAGGUGAAUGCCAUACCCAUCAAGUGCUCCCUUUUUAUUAUGCGGUAGGGUUCUGGGUUUGCAAGAUCUAAACUUAGAUAGACAUCAGGUUACUGACAUUUGAGGGAAAGGCAUCUCUCCCAUGCCAUAAUUGUUAUUUUUACAUGUAUAUUAAUUGAAAGUGUUUAUUAUUUCAUUUUGGGGGGGGCGCAAAAUUGGGAGGGUUGGAGACAGGGUUUCUCUGUGUAGCCCUGGAUGUCCUAGAACUCACUCUGUAGACCAGGCUGGCCUCAAACUCACAGAGAUCCACCUGCCUUUGCCUCCCAAUUGCUGGGGUUAAAGGCAUGCGCCACCACUGCCCAGCUCAGAAAAAAUACAUUUAAAUAUGAUACAUAAGUUAGAUUUGGUUGUGUACUAAAUCGGGAAGGUAACAGAUUUUCACAAGUCAUUUGUGCCUUGUUAUAAACAUCCUUUGUCAUUGAGUCUACCUGUCAAAGUUUCAGAAUAUAUUUUUCUUUUAAAAUGGCAUUUAAUUUAACUUGCUUGAAAUAUUACAUAGGAAUGCUUGCUGAUGUUACUUGGUAAUCAUGUAUAUCUUUUUCACUUUUACACACACACACACACACACACACACACGACAGCAGUAUUGGUAAUUAUGGUUGUAUGUCUCUAAACAUUACAUGUGAGGAAGCUGUUUAAUGCUGUCUCGUACACAUGUUGCUUUCCUGCAGUGAAGGAGAAAUCCUUUGCACUGAGCAUCAGAGGCUGAUUGAGUGGCUAAUAGUGGGGUCAAAUACAGCAUUCAAAGAGGAAUGCAUAGUUCAUAAAGUUAAGUUGUUACUUCGGCAUUUUCUACCUCCUUUUCUAUCAGAGUACUGCUUUUUCCCCCUUCUAGCGUCUCAUGUUUAUGAGUGAAAGGGAAACAGCCUGAGGUUAAAGUUAGAUUUUCUUUUUUUGAGAAUGUAAGCAAUAGGUGAAGGAAAAGGGACUUGUCAGGUUAAUUUGAUGCCUGAAUCUAAAAGUGUGAAUUGAUGUGUGCAAACUGUCUAAGACGGAAAAUAGUGCUGAGUAUCUGAAUUGUCCUGCGUAGUUCUUAUUUUAUUUCAUACAUGACUUUCCUCAAAAACAAAGUAGUCUUCUAAUUUUUUUUUUUAAUGAAAUAAGCAAAUACGUCAUUUUGCCUGAGUGUGCAGUUUCAGGAAGCUACUGUUCUGACUCAGGGCCUUUUAAUAGUUUAAGCAAUUAGUAAUAUGUUUUGGAAGCUCCAUCUGCAUAAUUCUUCAGUGCCUUGAAUGAAUUACUAACUCGGCAACACUUCAGACUUUGUAGUGGGCAGCCUUUAGUACACUCGUGUGUGCACAUUCCUAAUCAUACCGCUAAGCGUGUGCGUAGCGGCUCUGCUCUGCGUGUGUGCUGGGUUCGCACUAUUCUUUAAGGGGAGUGUCUACAUUUGCACUUGAUACUUGGUUUUUGCUUCUGUUUUUUAAAACCUGAUUAUUCAAGGCCACGGGCACUGUUAGAAGAAAAAAUGGUGUUUGCUGUCAGUAUGCAGUCACCUUGAGUAGCUGUUGGGGAAAGGUAGGGCACACACUUCAUGGUUAGUACGAAAAGAGGAUCAGUUUGGGAAGCAGAUCUUCCUCUCAAGUGGAAACCAAACCAAGGAAACCCCUUUUUAGUGUUCAGUUAAAAAAGUGAUUGAAAGGAAAUCAUGAAUUGCAUGUCAUUCUUAAUGCUGGCCUGUUGACAAAAAUGCACAUUUCUGUCUCUUUCAGUAUGUGUCUCUAAGUACAGUAUAUUCAAAAAGGAAAAAGGAUUGAUUUAUAAGUGUUUUGCUUUGUAUUUUUUUCCAGUUCUUCUUAGCUUUCAAUGUUGGAAUAAAUUUAAGUCUUGUUUAUGGAUAUAAUUUCUGUAUGGAAAAUUAUUCUUGCUUAUUAGCUUUUGUUUAAAAAAAGCUUAGUAAUAGCUAAGCUUUUUUAAAUAAAUGAAAACAUUUAUCAUUAAUAAAA